UUCUUAUUCUUCCGGAUUUGCAAAAAGGAAACGAAACUUGUGCGCAAAAAUAGAUUGCUAUAAGUCACUGUAAAUGGAGCAGGACGGGGAUGGAAUCAGAUAAGGAGUAUAGGUAGGAAUGGGAGGUGUAGUCGCCUACUCUGAUGUCUGUCACUGAGCGUGCAGGACAGAGACAUCAAUGAAGGCAGGGAUAGCAUCGAAAACUUUCCAUAUAUUUUUUUCGGGUAUUGCAUUUUUCGCUUCGGAGAAUUCUGGAUCUAGGGCAUCUAUCUAGAAUGCUUUCCAAAAAACUACGUGGUAGCCGAGGAAAGCACGAAGGAGAAAGCGCAUGCUGUGAUCUUUUUCCAGAGAGGAGUAACGUGUGCAUGUGUUUCAGUCAUCUAUCUCAAGUGAUAUGGCGUGCAGGGAACUGACUGAGAAAGAGUUUAUAGAGUAGAAAUUCAUCUGGGAACAGUGAAGUUGCUGAUGUCUCUGGAGCCAGGGCAAAAGGUCAGAAAUGAAACAAAUUAACCCAUCACACAUGCAUCGUAGACUGGACUCCGGCACCAGGAUUGCGCAAAAAACGCUAAAUGUACUUUACAUCUCUGAACUGAAGUGACAUUCACCCCUGGACUUGAAGAAGUCAGUUGCCACGUAUAGAAUCUGAACUUUGAAUUUAAAGAUGUCACAACAGAUCUGAAAUCUGUGCAAACAAUCACACAUUUUACAAAGUCACCGUUGUCCAUUGAAGAUCAGACAUUACCCUUUUGGAAGAAACUGAUACCAUAAUGGAUACUGGAAAUAUCACAGUUUGAAUCAUUUCCAUGCUGAUAUUCCUAACAGCUGUGGCACCUUUUGCCUUUCUCUCAUGCCCAUGGACCCAUCCAGUGCCAUGCUCUCACAGGCGCUCCUGCUCUUACAGUGCAUUAUUCUGACUCUUGGCCAGUACGAUAUUUGUAAGUCACUGGUCAGCACAGAUGAUGGACCAACAUGGGAGUAUUACGCUUGCCAACCCAAACCCAUGUCCAUGAAGGAGUACAUGAAGAUUCGAGUGGAGCCUCCUGAUAUCACGUGUGGGAACCCACCAGAGAGAUUCUGUACUUUGGAAAACCCAUACCUGUGUAGUGACGAAUGUGAUGCCUCCACCAAAGAACUUGCCCAUCCUCCAGAGCUCAUGCAAGAUCGGGAACGAACCGGACUCAUCACGUACUGGCAGACUGUCACAUGGAGUCGGUUUCCUGAGCCUCUUCUGGCCAACAUAUCCUUAUCCUGGAACAAAAGCCUUGAGUUAACCGAUGACAUUCAGAUAACCUUUGAGUAUGGGCGGCCCACAAUAAUAGUGCUGGACAAGUCCCUGAAUUACGGUCGAACCUGGCAGCCUUACCAGUACUACGCAGACGACUGCAUGGACGCCUUCGGGAUGUUGCCAAAAAGGGUGCAGGACUUGUCGGCUACUAACGUGACCAGGGUCAUAUGUACCGAGCAAUACUCUCGUUGGGUCGGUUCCAAGAAUGAGAAGAAUGUGCGGUUCGAGGUGCGGGACCGCUUUGCCAUAUUUGCUGGGACAAAAUUACAAAACAUGGACAAUUUGUACACACGCAUGGAGAGUAUGAAAGGCCUCCGAGACUUUUUCACCUUCACGAACCUACGGCUCCGGCUGCUGAGACCAGCGCUCGGAGGAACAUACGUACAACGAGACAACCUUCUCAAGUACUUUUACGCCAUCUCCAAUAUCGAAAUACCAGCAAGGUGUAAGUGUAACCUUCACGCCGGUCAUUGCUCGUUGCGUGACGGCAACCUUCAGUGCGACUGUGAGCACAACACCACAGGACAAGACUGUUCGGCCUGCGAGAGAGGUUUUAAGGCCAAGUCCUGGAAGCCUGGCUCCUACCUGCCCACCCCGAAUGGAUCCCCGAAUAUUUGUACGAAUUCUGCACCUGGUGAGGCGUCAGGAACUUCUGGCAACUGCGAGUGCAAUGGUCACUCAAAUCGCUGCAGUUACAUUGAUUUCAUCAACAUUGUGACUUGUGUGAGCUGCAAACACAACACUAGAGGGCAGAACUGUCAGCACUGUCGCCUGGGAUACUUCCGGAAUGCUACUGCCGAGCUGGACGAUGAAAAUGUUUGCAUAGAGUGUAACUGUAAUCAGCUGGGGUCCCUGCAUGCCCGUUGCAAUGACACAGGCUUCUGCCAGUGUCGAGAGGGUACCACUGGGCAGAAGUGUGAGGACUGUCUCCCUGGAUACAACUGGAAGCAAGGCUGCGUGCCAAACGUGUGUGACGACGAGCUACUGCUGUGUCAGAAUGGCGGCUCCUGCAUCCAGAACCAGAAGUGUGCUUGUCCACCCGAGUUCAGGGGCGUUUUGUGUGAGCAGCCACGCUGUCAGGGCGAGAGAGGGUGUGAUGGUGCUUCUGCCUGCUACCUCAGCGCCCUAACACUGCUGCUCUGCCUUCUAGUCAACAGCCUGCUUAAAGCCAACGCCUAGAAACCCAUCUUAGUCCUGAUAUCGAUCCUAGUCUACGCAGGCCAAAGGGCUGAACCCUGCAGGCAGAGAGAAAGAGUGGCCUAAACCCGUACAGACACAGUCUAACGGUGCUGAAAUCUUUUUUUGUAAAAGGGCGGCGGCUAAGCUGAAGUCAAAAAAGCCUUCAUGAGAUGAAUAGUUAAUUGCUCGUCUCUUAGCAUCACUGAUCGCCUGAACUGUAUACCAAAAACAAAAGAAGUUACGUUCAGUUUCAGCUCAUUCUAAAUCACAGAACUCUACAGAAAAAUGACAAAUAUAUAGAUGAGGUUUCAUUUCUUUUGGCAUUUCUAUGUUACUGUAGUUUUGGCGCUCACUGCGAUACAAGCACUGCACUUAGCUAGCUUGUUUUGACGAAUGACAAAUGGUCGAUAUCACGGAAGCCUACUUAUGCCAAGUUAUUCUUCUUCUUUUGAAGACUCGUUUUUACAUUUCCUUUCAUUGUUGCAUUUUUCUUGCAUUUUGUUGUCAAAUGCCAUCGAAGCUGUUGCAAGUAGAUGAAACUUACGGAAAAGAUGUUUAAAUGCUAGUUACGAAGAACGAAUGUCUCUAUAGCUUGUGUUUGAGAUUACAUUUCUGGAACGUAGAGAGAGAGUUUUUAAUCGUCACAUUGAACAGAAACAUAUAUGUCUAUCUGAAAGGAAAUAUGAAGAUAUGAAGUAUUGUAUAUUAUGAUUAUUAUUUAAAUAUUUUUUUGUAGAAAUUGUUAUUUUUGUUCCAAGUAAAUGUUACCAUUGUAAAGACAUUGCAGUCUUUAUUGCAGUGCAGUGUGGUAUUCACGCCAUGGUAAAAAAUAAUAUUUGAUGAUACAGCAGAGUGCACCUCUAAUAUGUUUGAAAUAUUUCUCCAUUCACACCAUUACCAAACGUUAAACAAAGCAUAAGACAGUUCAUUACAUGCACAGCUUUAGUUCAAUAUAACCCGCUCACCAUCUUGAUACUGGCAUGUAACCAUCUUUGCAGUUAUUUCUUUACUAAGAUGACCAUUCAGGACUGCUUAUUAACAUGCGAUAUAAGUAUAUUUCUAAAGCACAAAGUCCCACAUUACCAUCAUACAAAACUAAAUAAUUAUAAUGCAUUUAUUUGGAGAAAACACUGGCUAUGUUCAGGAUGGAAUACUAGUGCACUACUUACUGAAUACGCCACAGUAUACAGUGUAAACUACCUACUUUUUUAACCCUUCCUUGGUCUUAUGGGUCAAACUGACCCUUUAGAAUUUUGAACACUGAUUUACCUCAACUUCAAAAUGUUAUGACAUCCUCCACAGAGGUGAUCUGAACCUGACAAUGUCAUUUCUUAAAAUUUAAUGUAUUUGUACACAAAUCUACAAAAACAAACAAACAAAAAUGUCCUUAUGUUGUCCUUAAGGGUCAAAUUGACCAUUUUAUUUAAUGUUACAUUUCAAAAGCUUAUAAUACAGGCUCUGUUUGCUCUACCUCUCUACUUUUGGUCGUAAAUCCCUCCGUCACAUUCCCUGCUUUUCAGAUCUGUAUAAUGUGAUAGAAGGUGAUAGAGAAAAAAGUAUUUAAAGACCAAAAGUAGGGAGAUAGAUAAACACAGCCUUUAUUACAAGAUUUGAAACUUUUUUUAACAAGAUUUUUGAAGCUGUGUUGGGGCGUCCCCUGCCUUUCAGGUCUGUAUAUUGGAAUAGAAGGUGACAGAGGAAAAAAUAUUUUUCUAGUGUUAGCUGGACCUAGAAGAACAAUUGAAGACCAAAAGUAGAGAGAUAGAGCAAACAGAGCCUUUAUUACAAGCUUUUGAAUUUCAACAUAAAAAAGGGUCAAUUUGACCCUCUAGGUUCAAAGUAGGGAAUUGGUCGUUAAGACCAUGGAAGGGUUAAGUAAGUGUAAAAAUAUGCAUUAUUUUGAAAUCUACGUUUCACGCAACAGUAUGCUACAUUGUUGUCACAUGACCUAUUAACAUUGGAUGUGAGUGGUGUACAGUAGGAUGGUACAGAAAAAUUAAGUUUAUAGGACUUUUCCUCCACAACUUUAGUUUUGUUCUAUGCCUCAUAUCUAACAUUUUUACAAAAUUUUAAGCUUUUUGGUGAAUAUUUAUGGGUUGCUCAAGAGAAAAAAACAAAAUAUGGACUAAACGGAUUGAAAACCACUGGUUUACGGUAUAGAUAAUUAUAAUGUGGGAACAAUGUAUGUCAUUGAGCGACCUCUAAAUAUGCCCCAAUCUGCUUAAAAUUUGUUAUAUGUUUUAUUUAGAUAAGGCAUAAUAAAUUUAGACUUGUGGACUUGGUUCUCUUGAGGUUGAUUUUUUUACCAUAUUUUCAUGGACCACCCUAGUGUACAGUUAUCAUUUUGGAAAUAAAAUUUCUUAUCUUCUAUUUAAUUUUGUGCAAAAAUUCUGCAUUCUGUUGCAUACUGCACAUUUUCACAAAGUCAUCCGGUAUUCUAUACUGUACAUACAUACAUUUUGCACACUGUGCACAGCAUACAUACUAUACACUGCAUAAAAUAGUAAAAGUAUUAUGCAAGUAUGCUAUUCCAAACAAAGACAAUGUCAAUCAAAGCACAUUGCCAAAUUGAAUAGCCAGUCUAACAAUGAAAUAUACAGUCUAUAAAAGUCAGCACAUCACACAUCAUGGAAUCAGGUUAUUUUUCAAAUUGCCUCAAAGAAAUGCCAACAUCUUCAGUGGCUCCUAUGCUUUUUGAUGUAUUGCAUAUUUACAAAUGCUUUACAUUCAUGAUGAGCCAGGGUAAAUAAAAUACUAUGAAUAAAUAUUAGAAAUGAAUAAAACCUGACAAUCAGAAAGCACAAACAAAAGUGAGUGAAU